AGCCUGAAAGUGUGUGUGUGAUCACAGCUAAAGCCUGAAAGUGUGUGUGUGCUGCUGAUAAUGAGGAUUAAACAGGUCGUGAUGCAGUAACUCCAGCGCUUCAUCAUUAUAUCAGCUCCGGGAGAAACAGGAGGAUGAGGAGAGGCCGCAGAAAACCCGGAGGACGGGACAAAGUGUUCGGAUGUGACCUGCUGGAACAUCUGUCCUCCAGCGCGCAGGACGUUCCUCAGGUUCUGCGCAGCUGCAGUGAGUUCAUCGAGAAACACGGCAUCGUGGACGGCAUUUACAGACUGUCUGGUGUCUCAUCCAACACACAGAAGCUCAGGAGUGAGUUUGACAGCGAAGGCUCUCCGGAUCUCUAUAAGGAGGUGUAUCUGCAGGACAUUCACUGCGUCAGUUCGCUCUGCAAAGCUUAUUUCAGAGAAUUACCAAACCCUCUGCUCACAUACGAGCUGUACGACCGCUUCGCCGAUGCAGUUGCGGUUCAGCUGGAGGACGAGAGGUUGGUGAAGAUUCGAGAAGUUCUGAAGGAUUUACCAGCUCCUCAUUACAGGACUCUGGAGUUUUUGAUGCGUCAUCUGGUCAAAAUGUCCACUUUUGCAUCUGAGACCAACAUGCAUUCCAGAAACCUGGCCAUCGUUUGGGCCCCGAACUUACUCAGAUCGAAGGACAUCGAAUCGACGGGAUUCAACGGCACCGCGGCAUUCAUGGAGGUUCGGGUUCAAUCCAUCGUGGUGGAGUUUGUUCUCACUCAUGUGCCUGAACUCUUCCCUGAAACAGGUGUAAGCAUGGAGCGCCGCAAGUCUCUGCCGUCUCCUUCAAUUCUGUCCAGUCAAGACGAUCACUUCUUCAAGUCUUUACCCUUAAUUAGUUCAGGAAACCUCAGUCCCGGAGAUGGACCUCUACCCAUGAGACCCUACCACGCCAUUAUCGACGGCACUGACAAGAGGAAAGGCUCCCUCAAAGGCAGAAAAUGGAAAUCCAUCUUUAAUUUGGGCGCGCGACUCCACGACCCGCGCAAGAAGAACAAAUACUGUCCUAAAGAUAAAGAGAAGACGAGCCUCAGGCCUGCUAAGAGCAUGGAUUCGCUGAGCACAGGUACUACUGCACUCGAAGACUCGAAGCCUCCUCAAGCUGCUCUUCCUCCUCUAGUUCUGUCCUCAGCCUCUGGCAGCUCAGAGGGCGUGGCCUCAUCAGGAGUGGGCGUUGCUUCAACAGGAGGGGGCGUGUCCAGUGGAUAUGCUGUGACGUACAGGCGAACAGGCGGAGCUCAGGUCAGUGUGGUCAGUGCAGGAAUUCCCGGCUCUUAUACUCGUCUGGACUCAGCGGGUGGAGCCGAGGGGCCGGCGCAGGGCGUGGCCAAAUCUCCUGCCAUCAGCAGCAAAGCUGAACGCCGUGCCGGGAUGCACAUUACAGGACCGUUUUCAGUGACCGUCCCGCUUCACAUCACCUCCGGACUGGCUCUCGGGGUCCUGCACGGCGGAUGGAACGAUAAAGAGCAAACGCAAGAUGAAGACGUAAAGAGCACAGACGGAGAUUCACAGAGCAAGAACUGCGAUCAGAAUGAAGCCAACAGUUCUGUGGAAACUCAGGUGGAUUGUGGGAAGGAUGUGAUAGAAACAGAGGAAAAAUCAACAGACGGCAAUAAAGCAGAGACAGAAGAUCUGAACUCAACUCAAGAGUCUGUGAAGGACAAUGUCGAAGAUGUAAAAGGCAAAGAGGAAACUACAGAGGAGGAGUACAUGGACAUGAGAGCCCACGUCCAGCAGACGCCGGUCAGUCCGAUUUAUUGUGAGUUUCAAGAACAGGAGCUGGAUUUGCAGGAGGCUUUCGGGUUUCUGGACUCGAUGGACAACUCUGUCUCAAACCAGCCCGAGUUCUCCGUGGAGGCUCCGUGUUUUGAAGGAGAAUAUGAGGAGGAUGAAGAUGAAGAUCAGGCUGUGUUAUCUCCAGCACAGAACUGCAGCGAAAACUGUGAAAAACCCAAAUCCAGCAGCCCUUCGUUCACACACAGACCACUUCCGGGAAAAUCACACAGCCUGCCUUAUAAGUCCCGCCCCUUCCUGCCGGCGCUGUCAUUAUCUUCAGAUGACGACUAUAGUCCUGCUGAUGAUGAAGAUGAUGAUGAUGAUGAUGAUGAAGAUGAGUCUGAUAAAGGCUCAGAAUAUGAGGACAUGUUUUGUAAGAGUCUGCCGUCCUGUCGGGAUUUUCAUAGCCUCUCGUGGGCGGGGCCUCAGACUCCAUCUAGCAAAUCAGAACGCUCUGAUGAGAUUGCACAAUCAGUGGGCCAAUCAGAAGACAGGAUUCCGAUAGCUUUAUCAUUGAAAGAUGACAGUAAAACUGAGUCAUUAAUGACGAAUGAAAGCAGAAAUUCAGUAGAUGUGGAGAAUAAUAAACACGUGCUGAGAAGAGAAGAAGAAUCUGCAGAAAGUGAAGAGGACACGUAUUUCGGACCGGAUUCGAUACCAUCAUCACCAGAGCCCGAGAAAAACCAUAUCAGUGUUCAUGAAGACAUCAACAGAAAUUCUGCAUCAGAGGAACAAACGCAGAUCAAGACACAAAGAGAGACUGACGAGAAAGAAUCCAGCGUGAAAACAACACUUCAAGAUGAUGAAGAACAGAACAAGACUGAAAACAAUGAAGAUUUAGAGAGCGCACACGAUCAAAACAACACAGAGAGGCAAGAAGAUUUAGAGGAAGAUGCAAAAGAUGACGAUAAAGGAGAACAAAAACAAGAGAAAACCGCUCAAAGUGAAGAUUUACAGCAAAAUAAUGAGGAAAAUGCAGAAGAUGAGGGGAGAGAAGAAAAACAAGCGGCUGAAAUGAAAGAUGUAGAGCAGAAUAAUGAGGGAAAUGCUAAUGAUGAGGAGGAAAGACUAAAGGACAUGAGUGAAAUUAAUGAUACAGAGCAAAAUAACGAAGAAAAUGCAGGAGAAAUACAAAAACAAAUGACUGACAUGGACAAUUUAGGACAAAAUAAAGAAGGAAAUCAAGAGAAUGUGAUGGAAAUUAAUAAUAUAGAGCAAAAUAAUGCACUUGAAAUGCAAAAUCUAAAGCUAAAUGUUGAAGAAAACGCCAAAUGUGAGAAAGAAGAAACACAAGUCACUCAAAUGAAUGACAUAGAGCAAAGUAAUGAAGAGAAUGCAGAAGAAAAGCAAAGUCAAAUGAGUGAAGUGCAAGAUUUAGAGCAAAAUAAUGAACAAAACCAAGAGAACGUGACAGAUUCAGAGCAAAACGAGGAAGAAAACGAGAAAGAAGAACAAAAACAAGAGACCGAAAUGCAAGAUAAUAUUGGAGAAAAUACAGAAGAUGAGAUGAAAGAGACUGAAUUGCAAGAAAUAGAGCAAAACAAUGCAGAAACUGAGAGAGAAGAACAAAACCAAGAGAUCGAAUGGCAAGACAUCGAGCAAAAUAAUGAAGAACUUGCUGAAAAUGAGAAAAAAGAGCAAAAACAAGAGAAUAAAAUGCAAGAUUUAGAGCAAAACGAUGCUGAAAAUGAGGGAGAAGAACAAAAUCAAGAGACUAAAAUGCAAGAUUUAGAGCAAAACAAUGCUGAAAAUGAGAAAAAAGAGCAAAAACAAGAGACUAAAAUGCAAGAUAUAGAGCAAAACAAUGCUGAAAAUGAGAAAAAAGAGCAAAAACAACAGAAUAAAAUGCAAGAUUUAGAGCAAAACAAUGCUGAAAAUGAGGGAGAGAAACAAAAACAAGAGACCAAAAUGCAAGAUAGCAAUGAAGAUAAUCCAGAAAAUGAGAAAAAUAAAGAAAGAAAUCAAGAGAAUGUGACAGAAAUUAAUGAUAUAGUGCAAAACGAUGAAGACAAAGAACUAAAACAAGAGACAGAAAUGCAAAACAAUGAGGAAAACGCCACAUGUGAGAAAGAAGAAAAACAAGCCACAGAAAUGAAUGAUACAGAGCAAAACAAUGAAGAAAAUGCAGGAGAAAAGCCAAAACAACAGACUAAAAUGCAUGAUGAUAAUGCAGCAAACGCUGAAGGACACACUUCGAGUUCUGCUGACGUAAAUAACAUCACGAUCUCUGGAGAAAAAGCAGGAAUAAUCCAGCAGACUCAUUCUGAAGAGGAGAUCACCAUCCAGCGCAGAGAUUCUCCACGUAAAACAGCAGCAGGAGCAGCUCAUCAAACCAGAGCGGUUCCUGCUGUUCCUCCCAAACCACAAAACUCCAAACUCACCGCGUUAAACCUGAGGAAGCGCUUCGAGAACAGACUCUCGCAGGAGCUUCAUCAUCAUCAUCAUCAUGAAGAGGAGGAUGAAGAAGAGGAGGAGGAGGAGAAGAAGCUGGAGAAAGAGGAGAAACGCUGCGUUAGUUUGUGUUUCGAUGAAGCCGUCGCUCGAGCCACUGUUAAGAGGAGCAGAGAAAACACGGACAGACUCUCGGCAAGCAGGAGAGACGCAAAAACUGACUGAAAUCAGACAAUGAUCAUAUGAUUAUAUCCGAUCAAACCUGUAAAAUAUUAAUGCGUGUAUACAGGAUGGCAGGCUGUGUGCGCUACAAAUAUAUUCUACUUUCUCAUUUAUAGAUAUAAAUAUAUAUAAUAUUUUAAAUAUAGUGACCUAGUGAUGUUUGAUAGAGCAACAGAGGUUUUUUUUUAUUGUAUUUGCAAUUUUUCUUCGGGAGCAAGAACAAAAUCAUAGUUUUAUUUUUUACAAGGUCACUAAAAGACAAAAGAAACUAGUUAUUAAAAACAUAACAAUAUUUAAACAGUGUUUCUGCAGGUUUAAAU